UGGCUGCCGCGGCCUCUUACGCGUCGCGCUUCCUAGUCUGCCCCUCGUGGUCAGGGGAGUCCGCUCCCUUUUUACCCCGGCAGAGAAGAGGCGAUGGCGGUGCUGGCAUCUCUCGGCGCCCUGGCGCUACUCCUGCUGUCCGGCCUCUCCUGCUGCUCAGAGGCCUGCAUGGAGCCCCAGAUCACCCCUUCCUACUACACAACCUCGGAUGCCGUCAUUUCCACUGAGACUGUCUUCAUCGUGGAGAUUUCACUAACAUGCAAGAAUAGGGUCCAGAACAUGGCUCUUUAUGCUGAUGUCAGCGGAAAACAAUUUCCUGUCACCCGGGGCCAGGACGUGGGGCGUUAUCAGGUAUCCUGGAGCCUAGACCAUAAGAGUGCCCACGCAGGCACCUAUGAGGUCAGAUUCUUCGACGAGGAAUCAUACAGCCUCCUGAGGAAGGCUCAGAGAAAUAAUGAGGACGUUUCCAUCAUCCCACCCUUGUUCACAGUCAGCGUGGACCAUCGGGGUACCUGGAACGGGCCCUGGGUUUCCACUGAGGUUUUGGCUGCAGUCAUCGGUCUAGUGAUCUACUACCUGGCCUUCAGCGCCAAGAGCCACAUCCAGGCCUGAGGGCGGCGCCCCCAGCCCCCUUGCUUCUUUCAAUAAACAAUUACAGGCUAUCACAUGCA